AUGAAGCAGUAUGAUGGCGAGGAUACUUACCCUGCCAAUGAGAAUUACGUACUGAGAAAGUUUGGAUCUUUUAGUAGCAAGUACCAGGAUUAUAACGGCUCUCGUAUCAGUAUUACAGAUAUUCGCCAAGAUCGGGCCGAAAAAGGGUUUAGAGAUAUGAUUAUGAAAGGAUUGAGGAAUCACCGUGCGAAAACUCUCCCGACUCUACUUCUCUAUGAUGAAAAUGGCCUUCAACUGUUUGAAAAGGUGAGAAUAAAAUACUAUCUUACUCUAUCUGAGAUAAAAAUUCUGGAGCACUCAGCUCAUGAAAUAUCUUCUCAAAUCGCCAAUGGCUCAAUUGUUUUGGAACUAGGGAGUGGUAACCUCCGGAAAGUUGGAAUUCUACUGCAAACACUAAAUAACGCGAAAAAAAAUAUCGAUUAUUAUGCCUUGGACUUGUCACAGAAAGAGCUGGAUCGGACUUUACGGCAAAUACCAUUAUUUGAGCAUGUCAAGUGUCACGGGCUUUAUGGAACCUAUGAUGAUGCACUUCAAUGGCUGAUGAAAUCAGAUAUCAUAUCACGGCCUAAAUGUAUCUUGUGGCUUGGCUCUAGUCUAGGGAACUUUGAGCGUAAUGAAGCUUCAAUAUUUCUGCAGAAAUUCAGUAAAAUCUUGCAGCCAGCCGAUUUAAUGUUAAUAGGAGUUGAUGGCACGUGCAAUGGUGACAAAAUUUUAAGAUUUAUACUGAAUGGUUUACUUCAUGCGAAUAAUAUCCUUGGAAAAGUGGUCUUCGAAUUGUCUGAUUGGAGAGUUAUUGGAGAGUAUAUUCACGAUGAUGAUGGUGGUCGUCACCAAGCAUUCUGUGUACCAAAAAGAGAAUUACAGUUUGAAGACAUAUUUAUUCAAGAGGGUGAGCGUAUUCUUAUUGAAAAGAGUCUAAAAUAUCCCGAUGAAGAGGCAGCAAAAUUGUGGAAAGACUCUGGGCUCGUAGAAAAUAAUCGAUGGUCAGCUUCAUCUACCACUUACAGUCUCUAUCAUCUAACUAGAUCCGAUAUGAUAUUUCACUUAGACCCAGCUAUAUAUGCAUCUUCGUUUAUUCCAAGUCUUGAAGACUGGAAAGCAACUUGGGCCGCUUGGGAUUUAGUAACUAGAGUAAUGGUUCCUAAGGAGAACCUGGAUGAGAGACCAAUAAAACUAAGGAACCCGAUUAUUUUUUAUCUUGGUCAUAUACCUACGUUUGGAGAUCUUCAAAUCUCUAAAGUUACCGGAAAAAUUUUGGAUGAAACUUUGAAAUUUUCUGUAAUAUUUGAAAGAGGCAUUGAUCCAGAUGUAGAAAAUUCUGAAAUCUGUCAUUCUCACUCAAAGAUUCCAGAGAAGUGGCCUCCAGUGGAUAAAAUUUGGGCUUAUCAAAAUAAUGUCCGCUCAAAAAUCCGAUCUAUCCAAAAAUCUCAAUUUAUGACUCGAUCUCUUGCUCGCGCUCUCUGGGUUUCAUUUGAGCAUGAACUAAUGCAUCUUGAAACUCUUUUAUAUGUUUUGCUGAUGAGCAACUGUGUUCGACCACCGACAAGAAAAGUUCCAGAUUUUGCAUCUGAUGCAAUAAAAGCAAAGGCAAAGCGGGUCUCAAAUGAAUGGUUCGAAAUACCAGCUCAAAAUUUUUUCAUUGGAUUUAAUGACCCUGAAGAUGAUAAUUCGUGGGAAGGUCACUUUGGAUGGGAUAAUGAAAAACCGCGCCGAAGCAUUGAGACUUCAAAAUUUCAGGCUCAAGCUCGUCCAAUCUCAAUUGAAGAUUAUGCGAAUUAUCUUCAACAGAGUGGCGCCAAAGAUAUACCUGCCUCUUGGGUCGAUAAAAGACUUCACGAUAAUUGUAGCCUAAAUCAAGAACACAUGACGCUAUCAAACGGUUUUAAUGAAAAAAAUGGUACUCCCGCUCAUUUAUGGGAAUUUAUUAAUGGGAAAUACUUACGCACAGUGUACGGCCUCGUUCCAUUGAAAUAUACAUUAGACUGGCCAGUCUUUGCUUCAUUUAAUGAGCUAGAUAAAUGUGCUAAGUGGAUGAACGGAAGAAUCCCAACAUUCGAGGAAGCAAGGAGUAUAUAUAGUUACGUCAAUAGUCUGAAUUCAAAAAAAUCUACUAGCAACUUUCAGAGGAAAACCGACUUUACUGGCGCUCAAAAUAAUUCAACUUCACUUGAUGAGAGUGUUGAGUGUGUUUUUACCGAUUUGAAUGAGGCCAAUGUGGGUUUCAAAAAUUGGCACCCUGUUCCGGUGACUAGUCAGGGUAAUCGUCUUGCUGGUCAAGCUGAGAUGGGCGGCGUUUGGGAGUGGACUAGUUCUCAGCUUUCAAAGUACGAAGGAUUUGAACCUAUGAAACUAUAUCCAGAAUUUACCGCUGAUUUCUUUGAUGGAAAGCACAAUAUCGUUCUGGGUGGAUCUUGGGCCACCCACCCACGAAUUGCUGGUCGUACGAGUUUUAUUAAUUGGUACCAGCGUAAUUAUCCGUAUGCAUGGGCUGGUGCUCGGCUGGUGCGUGAUUUAUGA